AUGGUGUCCUGGAGCACCAUCCAGUCGGCUCUCCUCUUCUUUGGACCCAUGCUCCUUCCUCGAGUCAUAGCAUUCUACCGUAGUCUUCGCGCGCCCACAAAUGCACAACGAGUGCCCGUGUCGCCCGAAGCGUCUCGCGCCCUGAACCUCAUCUUCGCGAGCGCUGUCGUCUCGCUGAUCUUCACCCUUCCGUAUUUCACGCCGAACAACAUCUUCAGCAAGACUGGUUCGCGACUACAAACACCGACGAAUGUUCUCUUCAACAGACUGUCGGCUCUGACACCUCAGGACGAGGCACUACGCAAUGUCUUUUCGACAGGAGGACUGGAAGCAAGAUUACAAUACCUCCGUUUCGGCCCUGAAGUCCUGUGUAAUUGCCCUUUGGUCGAUGACCCAAAAGCUCAUGAUGUCGGCACAAACUACCUGAUUUGCGCUCUGCCUUCGCUGCUCAAGACACAUCUCAUGCACCUGCUCUUCCUCGGCCUCGCUACCUCUACCAUCAUCGGAGGAUCAUCCGCCGCACGCUGGAGAACCGCUGCCAUUCUAUCCGCCAUUGCCGUCAUGAUCGCAGAUGUUUCUUCUGUCGCUACAUACGAGCACCAGCGUAAUGCUCGUGCUGCUACUUUCGGCGAGGUCGAGAACUUUUUCUGGACACGCUACUUGGUGUCACAUCUCUCCAUUUGUGUCGUAGAUGCAGUCCUCGGCCUCGCCAUUUGGGCUUCCGCCACAAACCGCGCCUUUGUCAUUCCACCCUCGCCCGCCCUUAUCCUUGAAGCUCAAACAAAGGCUUUCGAAAAGUCUCUUGCAAAGUUCCGCUCUCUGUCUGCUGUCAGAAAUGUCGUCAUGAGGGAAGCUGGUUUCAGAAACAGGGUCAGCGACUACUGGAGACAAGAAGGAGACAUUAUGCACGAGGUUCUUGAGGAGAGAGACGUGGUGGAGGCUAUGAAUGAGGUUUUGGCAAAGAUGGAUGUGGAUGGCGUGACGAAUGAAGCUGAUGCUUUUGUGAACCAGUUCAUGCCUGAGUUCAGGACUGAGGGUACUGCUGCUAUAUAG